CACACAGUAGGCAACAGAAAUUGUGGGAUGCUUCACCAAAAUGCCAAAUGUGGUACCAUGGUCCUCUUUCUCACCUUACAUCUCAAAUACUUCAGGAAGACCUAGCAUUACAUCCUGGUCAAGAAGAGAAAAAAGAAAAAGCAUCCAUCAUGGAAAACCAACAGAGGUCACUAAAAUGUCAGAUGUGAAACCAUUGUACUGGGAACCUAUAAAGCAGAAGAUUGGAUGGAAGGGGGCCAAGGAAAGGAAGCAGUCAGAUAUAGCCCACGUCAUAGAGAGGCUGGAACAGAAGCAGGGGAAGUCCUUGGCUGUUGCCCACAAGAAAGAGAACAACCAAUUGAUCAAGACCAAACAGUCACUGGAAAACCUGAAGCACCUUCAAGAAUACAGGAUGACUCAAGAAGAAAAAAAGCUUAGAAAACUAUUACUGAAACCCACUAGAGACUACCAACUGUACAACCUUCCCCAUGUCCCGCUCUUCCUGAGGAAAUCUCUGAAACAAAUGAAAAUAUCUUCAGAAGAGUCUUCACUAAUCCAAGAGCCUAGCUACCUCCCCUCUUUGAAGGAGGCAAACAAGAAGUUAAUGGGAGACUUAGAUGGGCCAGAAGUUGUAAUGUCAGCAACCCCACGACUAAGCAUGCCACGUAGGAGCAGCAUGGAUCCUAAUACCAACCAGUUUAUACAGGAUACCUUUUCUUCUUCCCGUAAGGGAAUGACUACAAAAGUGAUAGACCCCUCAGCUAGUUUGCAGGGGUAUGAUCGGAAGAUAAAGAAUUUAAUUGAGAAGACUCCAAAUGUGAAGUCAGAAAUAACCUCCACGCUGUUGAAGCCCCAAGAAGUCCUGAGCUGUAGGUCUGAUCAAGCCACCCAGUCUUCCCAGGCCAGAGUCUCCAGAGAACUUUCUUCGCCUCUGAUACUUACUGCAGCAAGAAUGAUGUUGGAAAGUGUGGAGUCACAAGAAGGCUGAAUGGAUGGGCAAGAUGAGCCCCCUAACUGUACUUGCGGCUCUCCAAGAACAACAUCCAGACCUUGAUCAGGCUGUGUAGGGAAGCAGGAAUGGAUAUAGACAUUCAUCCUCACAUGAAUGAAUCUGAAAUGAAUGCCAACAGGAUAUUCAACAGAAAACCUAGUAUAGCCCUCUAACUCACCCUUUCUCUUUUGCUAACUUGGGUCCACUUGAGAGAAGUUGACACUGCCCAUCAGGCAACCAUGCCCCUAGCCACUAAUUUUUAGGCUGAUCUGAUAUCUACUUUAACAACAGCAGCAACAAUCUGCAAACCAAAGGUAGAUUAUGAUAUUUGCAUAAUGUAAAUGCUUUGUAUUGUUUCUCAGAGAGGGGCCAAUCUGGGAGAAUCCAUUGCUUAGUUUUCCCAAAAUGUUACCCACAACUAACAAUGGAAGCUCCACACUCACCUAGAUUGGCUUCAAACAUGUCGGCUUCUUAAUCAUAAGUCAAUGGCUCAUUUUGCCCUUACCCAGACUUCUCCCUUGGAAUAUCAGUAUCUGGUUCGUGACUUUCAAGGUCCAGUCUCUUCUAAGAAACCAAGGCUACCAAAACCCUCUAGUACAGGUUUAUUAAAAGGCACAUG